CGAUGUUACUAGCUCCGCUGGUCGGGGAACAAAGACAAAGGAGCAGCCCCAUCGAAUGCAAUAGACGACUUCGUUCUGUUCCCUGAAGACACCUGGAAUACUGAUAUGUCUCUUGCGGGUCUUGAGACUCAAGACUUGGGCCAAUUCAACUUUGAUAUCAAUGAUCUGAACCCAUUCCCACAAAACUCGUCAUUCGACUUCUCAGUCGAUUCACAAUUGUCUAACUUCCAAUUCGACAACAACCUUGGCCAUACCCCGCUCAUGGCGGAUCAGUAUGGCCUGGAUCAAUGGGCAAGUGCAUUUGGCGGCGAAGAAAUGCCAGUGCACACACGACCACACGAAUCAAGCCCAGCCCGAGACUCUGGAAGACUGGAUUCGAGCUUCCAAACUAGCUGGUUAUAUGAUGUACCAGAUGUUUCGCCAACAACGACAGAGUCGCUAGCACAAGGCUACUUCCCAGAUGGGUCUCUAAGACAACCACAGCCAUUCCAGAAUGCUACUACUGACGCCAGUCCAUUAACAUCAGCAUCGGAUUGGAGCAUUCUUGAGGCAAGCAUGAAUGCAAGCCCAGCUUCUCAAGACGCCAGCACACCUGCCUCGUCAGAAUCACAGAGCAACAGUCAAAUCCGCACUAGGAAGAGACGUGCUGUUGACGAUGAUAGUGCAGAAGCUACGCUACCACUUGCGAACCAACGAGGCUCCGGAUCUGGCAUCGAAGUAGAUCCAUCAGAUAUUCCACACCCAGGAGGCGAUGGCAAUUCGCUGGUCUCAUCAAGCAGCCGACAAGGCCGACUCUUCACCCAACGAAACGCUGUACCGCAAGCCAGCCUCAGGACAUUGCCAUCAUCGCCCGUUAUAUCGAUUGCUGCCUUUGCAGAAUCUUGUCAAGCCGCCUGUGACGCUCUAAUGAGCAUCAGCUCAGCACCAGUUGAAGCAACAAGCCUUCGCCGCGAUCUUGAACGACUCCAAUCCAUACUCCACCAGGUACAGUCAGAUAGCGAUGCCCACUUACCAAGCACGGUACUCCAAGAACUACCGUCCUUGUCCUCGCGACUCCAGGUCAUAUCUGCACCGUCAAGCGAAGUGCUGUCGGAUUCCGCCCAGCGACACAGAUACAACAAACCGGACCCUGAGAUCCGUGCCGACUACCUUCGGGAAUGCCAGAUCCAGGCUAGGCGUAUUGUUCGCUCACUAUGUGCGACAAUCAACAGCGUCCAGGCUCACAACACUGGAACAGCUUCGUCGACCGAUGACCUAAUGCUCACUUCUGGCCGUAAUGUCCACCUCUUUGCUUCGGCUAGCAGAUCGCCUUCGCCAGAGUCAGGUGUACAGAUGUGGGUGGAAAGUACAAGUCAAUGGCAGAUGAUGAGUGACAGUCCUAGUCCAAUGGACGACAGCACUGCUAGUGCGAGUCGUGCAAACGUCCAGGCUGCUGUUGCUAGCACUGUUUCGAAUGAUGAAGGCCGUGCUGGAUAUCGUUCACUGUCUGGUGGCGCUGUGCUUAUUGCUAACGACUUGGCAUCUGAUGGGCCACUGGCUUCGACCGUGUCUGAACAGCAACCACUGUCACAGAGCCAACGCGGGGGAGACCAGGUCUCGACAUCGUUGCCAUUCUUCGAUGAAGAUUUGGACUUUGAUGUACAAGUCCACCGACACAGGAGUCACGCCCAAGCAAAUAGUGCUCCAGCUCUGGAUACUAUCAACAGUGCGGCAUCCACACUCUCACGAGUCGACGAUCUGGCUCAAGCUUCGUCGUCCCCCCAAAAUCGUGACCUCCAAGUUCGCCGCACGGAAAAUGCUCCCCCCUCUAGCACUCUCCUCUCGCCAGGCACCGCAGCUCCGACAUCUCUGGUACAGUCUACUGCGAAUCCCCAAGCCACCGGACUGGCCAUGCAAACCAGUCCCGACGCACCACUUGGGCUUCCCGCAACAACCACUACCGGGCAUCAGACACAAUCCUUGGCUGCGCAUCAACUGCUCCUCCCACUUCUCGCAACUCUAUUCGCUUCUUAUAUCGCUUCUUCAAACAACGCACUAUCGCCCUCCUUGCAAUACCUCCUCAUCCCCCUCGCUCUCUCCUCCCUCCUCUCAACCUCAAUCUUCGCCUGCUCAUCAAUUUUCCUCGCCGCCCUCUCGUUCAAUAACCUCGAUCUCCCCAGACACGCUGCUUCGCAAUGGGUCGGCAGCGACCCGGUCGUCGCUAUGGUUAAACUUACGCUCUGCGCUGUGCUUACGGCUCAGCUACCAAGGUUCUUGGUGUCGAGGGCUAGAAUGGGAGUCGCUGUUAUGGGGCUCCUUUCUAUGUUUGAUGGACAGGGUUGUCGGGGGACGGGGACGGGGUCGUUAAGUACUUAUUCGGAGGAGGGGGAAGGGAGGUUAACGCCAACUCCGGAGUGGUUGGUGGAGAUGAGGGAGUUGACGCCUGUUGUUGUUGUUUAAAGGGGAGUAGGGUGAUGGGUGUAUGAAUAUAUAUGGUGAUGGGUAGUGGGACGUUGAGUUGAAGAUCUGUUGAGAUUAUAUGAUCCAGGGUAAUUGAUCUUCUUCAACGGUAUACUUGUUUGCUUCUCGGGACGAGACUUGAUGCCUUCCCGUGAUCUAUCUCAAACGCAGAGUAUCACUCAAACACGAACCUCUCCCCUCUCACCACCAAUUAAAAUCCUCUUCCUCCCAUAGUUCGUCAUCUCUGCAAAGCUCAAGCGCUAGCUAGAACCUAAUGCCUUCAACCCACGUUGCCUAGAAACAAGCACUUCAUAGAACUCCCCACACUCCAACCCACCAGACUCACGCUUCCCACUGUUAUAUGUAGCGCCGGGUCUUUCGUUCGUUAGCACAAC